AUGGCAGGGGACGAGGAACCAAAGCUCCAAGGCUUACACUUGGAGAAUGCAAACGCACCACCCUCAUCUGUGUUGAACGGUCUGCUUCCAAGCCGCGUGUCGCAAGAAGCGUUUAGUACUAUCUCUCACCUCCGCAAGGAGCUGAUUGAAAAGGGACCCGCAUCAUCCUCUCGGGGUACUGAAGAUGUCAAGAACACAAAAACACUUAUAUCGGUCGCACUCGAUGUUGCUUUCAAAGUGACUCCAGCGGCAGAUCAGCCUCCCGGUAUCGAGACAGAGAAACGCCUCUUAGACUGUCUGGAUAUUAUUCAGCUUCUCAUCGAGAGCUCUUCUAGAGUCCUUGGUAAAGAUCUUGAGACUCAGGUUUCGAGUCAAGAUGCACCUUUACCGUUUUAUAUAGGACUGGUUAUUGGACUGAUUGACCUUGGCGCCAAACAUGAUAUGUUUCGAUCGUCAUUCGUUCCUCGAAAUUCCGUUUCUAUACUUCUCAAUGCUAUAGCCGCUGAUAUUAUAAGAUCCCUUGAGGUCAUUGACAUUGUGAAGCCUGGAUCGUCGGACAUUACCUUGCCUAGCGCAGGAAGUUCUAUGGAGAAGGACCUAAUGACCAAGCUGAAUUUAUCACGACGUCUGUUCCAAAGUACAAUUCACCUUGGAGACCUCAGUCGUGCCAUGCAUAUGUUAUUCCAAAUUCUUGAGGCCCUUCUUCCAUCUGCAGAGGAGAGGCUCGAUGGUUUCUCGGCAGCAGGUAUUAUACAGGAUUUCACAGCUGCCCUUAGGCUGACUGCUAGCGCUUGGAAAUGCCUUUCCUCAAUGAUGAAACGAUGCGGAACGGUCUCGAGGCAAAUUAUUGUAGACCCUGUGGUUCAAUGUCUCUAUUUUAACCACCUUCUGAUGAGAACGUCGUUAAAGGCAGACAAAAUUGAAUAUAUGGAUGCUCAAGCUAGUAAAAUAUUCAGCGAAAGCCUAGCAACAGUUCUUUCAGAUCCAAUCCUUAGCGGUGAACCUCAAAUUGAGAAGGCGUUGCAAUAUUGCCUCGAAAGUCUAAGAGAAUUUCAAGACGUCUCACCGGCAACUAGGGUGAAUGUACAGGGAAUUUUCGUCCCUAGGAUCUUCGACCUCGAGACCCAAAGUUCUUCAUCGUUGCAUACUUCAUUAAAGGCCUUGUUUGACGUGCACGAGGAACCAAACACUGCUGCAGUUUCGGAUGAUGACCUUACCCAGCGUGCCAACAAGCGCAUUCGACUCUCAGAACCCCAAAGUACACCUAACGAGGACGGUCUAACCCAGCAAAACUUGAGAAGAGCCUCUAAGCUUUUGGGAUCUGAAGAUUUGAAAAGUCUCAGUGAGCUAGUUAAUGUCGCGAAACGAGUAUUUACAGAAAUUCCAGAACAGCAGAAAUGUGAAUUUCUCGCCGUAAUCGCAACAGUCCCGUGUAUUGCAGCUUCACAUAAAGAUGACAAUUCGCCUCCGGCGAUGACAACUAUGUCGUCGAUAUCCUUUCAUUGCCAAACUUGUGACUCAGAACAUACUGUUUUGAAUGAUCUUGCACCUUGGCAUGGUAGCGAAGCCAAUGAGUUCCGGGACCUUCUUUUGAAUUUCCUACCGACAAUUUCACGUAGUUCGCAGUUGCGCAUAGCGUCUUUACUUGCAUCCAGGCGGUUUCUCUACCAUGCCCCUGAGACCAAAAACCUGUCGAUUAAAUCCUUACAGAUAGGUGAAAUGUGCCUCCACUGUUUGAAAGCCACUUCUAGGGAGUUGCGAAUCACAGCCGGGGUAUCCGAGGAUGAGGAGUUGAAUAUUAUCCUACUCCGUCUUCUUGAAUAUCUAGGACACACGAAUCCUUAUAUUUGUGCUGUGGCCUACACGGAGCUUCUUAAGUUAUCACAAGCAUUGUCCACGACAGUAGCAGGUCUGCUUCGCCCAUUUUGGAGGUCAUUAUCAGUCACUGUGGUUAAGAAUCUACGGAAUCGCCCGCACAUGGCAGAGCAGCUAUGUGACAUGUUAGGAAUGUCCGUGGACAGCUUCCUGCAACUAACUGAAGUUCAUACAUUACCAUAUCUUGUUCGCACAGGCAGACGGGAGAUCAUUAUGAGGAUUGCCGCAACUUAUCCCGCCAAGUCCCCUUUUGAACUUUGCAUGGAACGCAAUAAUUUCGCUUCGAUUAUUGCGUAUCUGCUGAGUCAACAAGAGCAAAAUCACGAGAGCAUGAUAUAUUCUCUUCUGGUUGAUGUUGAUCCCAAGUUCAAAGGCACCUCAGUCACAAUGUUGCUUAAAACUGAACCUAUACCUAUCACUCGUGAGCUGUUGAAGAACAUAGGUGAUGCUAGCGGCAAUCAAGAUUUGAAGUUUGACGGUGCACUUCGACUCCUUGCUAAACUUAUACCUACUAAAAGAUCAUCCGGAACGUCCAACUCAAACAAAUAUCCCGACGUUGGUCUUUUCAUAGAGGAACAUCUCUUAGGUCUCAUAACAGAAUUUUCGGAUACCGUGAAUGACGUCCGUAUACGUUAUUCGGUUAUAGAAAAGAAGCGCAAUAUCAUAGCUAUCGGAGAAAUGAUCAAACUCGCUAGAGGUCAUGUCAACGUAGCCAUUCCACAGAUAUGUUCUUGUCUCAGAUCCUCUCUUGAGGUUGACGAGUUGUGUGAUCAUGCCUUUUCUGUCUGGUGCAUUCUCAUUACUUAUCUUGAGCCUGAUGAGGUUGAGGCGCUUAUUGAUCAAUCAAUUGCAAUCAUAGUCCGAUACUGGAAAAGUAUCCAGGAGGGCAGUAAGCAGAUGGCAUUGAUUCUCAUGGAUCAUUUAUUUCAACAUCAUAGCUAUCAACUGCGGGAGAUUUUUCAAACUCUACCCUCACUUUUAUCUAUCCCUGAAAUGUCCCGGUUUGAGGCUCAAAUAAACAACAUCAAGGGCUCUAUGGAUAUCAGCGAGCGUUUGGGAGCAUUCAGUGUUCGUUGUCAAAGCGAGAGUCUGACUGUCGUCGAACAAGCUCUGCAGGAGCUCGUCUCCUUCCUGGAUGAUAAGAACGGGCUUCUACAUAAAAUGCUUGUCAACAAUCAAUCUAACAGUGGAGUUGCACAAUUAACACGCACCCUUCUCGAUUGUUGUUUAAAGUUUCAGUCUGGCUCCGACGAAAUAGCCAUACUAUCCGCACGUGCCCUUGGUUUGAUAGGAUGUUUGGACCCUAACAGGGUUGAAAUAACAAAAGAGAAGAAAGACAUUGUAGUCCUUUCGAAUUUUGCUAUUGCAGAAGAGACGUUUGAUUUCACGAUGUUCUUUCUUCAAAAUGUCCUUGUUGAUGCAUUUUUGUCGGCUUCAAAUACUCGAGCCCAGAGUUUUCUGGCUUAUGGCAUGCAGGCACUUAUGAGCUCCAGCGAUAUAACAACAGAGAUUACCGCACCUUCAAACGACAUUGAGAAGGACAACAAACACCGGCGCUGGCUAGAUUUACCUGAGAUUGUGAGGAACACUGUGACCCCUUUCCUGACGUCGAGAUACUCUAUCACCGUAGGUGCUCCGAAAACAGAGUGCACCUACCCGCUGUUUUUGCCUGAUAUGAGCUACGGAAAAUGGCUACGUACUUUUGUCAUGGAUAUGCUCCAUAAGUCUUCCACGUACAAUGCCAAUAUGAUUUUUGGAGUGUUCACCAGGAUCAUUCGUGACCAAGACAUCACAAUCGCUGCUUUCAUAUUACCUUUCGCAGUCUUAAGUAUUGCAGCAGAUGGUUCCUCGAAACACAAGGAAGAAGUACGCCAGGAACUUAUUCAUGUACUAUCUCAUCCUUUACCCGAGGGUAGCACUCGUGUGAGAGAAAAUGUUCUUCUUUGCAGCGAGAGAGUAUUCAGUGUUUUGGAUUAUUUGUUAAGAUGGCUGCAAGGGAAGAAGAAACAGCAUGCCCUUCUCGCAAACAAUCUCUCUGGAAACCGUAAUCAAGCUGAAACAAUGCUUGAGCUCUCUUCGUCGCAGAUCAAAAAUGUCGAGCAAAUAUUGUCUUCUAUACCACCAGAGGUCAUAUCAAAAAGAGCCGUGGAAUGCAAGUCUUUCUCUAGGGCCCUUUUUCACUGGGAACAAUACAUUCGACAGUGCAGCAGCUACCCCGAGAGACAAGAUGACAAUGAACUCGAACCUCUCUACCAGCGCCUCCAGGAGAUAUACACACAGAUUGAUGAGCCAGACGGCAUUGAAGGAAUCUCAACGUAUUUACAUGUGCUUAAUGUAGAUCAGCAGGUCGUCGAGCAUCGUAAAGCUGGCAGAUGGGCUGCUGCUCAAAGCUGGUAUGAGUUACAGUUGGACGAGGAUUCAAGCAAUAGCGAAGCGCAGUUGAAUCUGCUCACAUGUCUGAAGGAGUCUGGUCAACAAGAUGCACUCUUGAGUAGAUUUGACACGUUCAGUCAAUCUGAAGCGUAUCCAUCAAAGCUUCUGCCAUUCGCUGUAGAAGCUUCUAUUUCGAUUGGAAAAUGGUCGAAAUUAGAUGAAUAUCUCAAAAUAUGUCCCAAGGAAAAUGUUACCGAUUUUACCAUUGGCAUAUCCUCGGCGCUAAUUGCUCUUCGCAAUGGUGACAAGACGCAAUUUCAUGAUACCAUCCAGAAACUAAGACUAAACAUUACAAGAUCUAUGACAAUUAACUCGACAAUAUCUUUGCAGUCAUGCCAUGACGAGUUACUUCAACUACAUGCUCUGUCUGAUGUUGAAGCUAUUGUGAAUGCAGACUCGCGCCCAGGGAUGACAAAGGCAGAACUUGUGGAUACUUUGGAUCAUCGUCUGGGUUUGCUGGGGGUAUACAUUUCUGAAAAACAGUACCUAUUAGGAUUGAGGCGGGCUGCCAUGGAACUUUCGACCGGAUUCUCAGAGCCAGACAUAGCCGCUGUCUGGCUCACAAGUGCUCGUCUUUUCCGAAAGAACGGUCACAUAGGACCGGCUUAUAAUGCAGUAAUGCAUGCGGCCCAAUCCAAAGCAAAAUCGGCCACAAUUGAGCAUUCUCGUCUACUCUGGUCAGAUGGACAUCAUCGAAAGGCAAUCCAGAUCCUGAAAGGAGCAAUAGCUGCGAAUGCUUUUGUUUCCGACGAACAUGAGACACCAAUAAGGACGUCUGUUUCAAUGACUGGAGACCGAGCUGAAGCACAAAAUAUUCUCGCUGCGAAGGCAAGUUCUUUGAGGAAGUUCCAAUGCACUGAAGCACACCUAUUGCUAGCAAAGUGGUCUGAUCGAGCUGGGCAAACCCAUUCAGAUACUAUAGUCCAGCAAUACCGAGAGGCUAUCAAAUUGCAUACUAGGUGGGAAAAGGCACAUUACUAUCUUGGAAAACACUACAAUAAAAUCAUAGAAUCCGAAAGAGCAAAAACGCCUGGCAAAGAAUCUCAGAUUUAUCUGACUGGUGAGGCUUCGAAACUAGCCAUCGAUAACUUCCUGCGGUCCUUAGCGAACGGGAACAAAUUUGUCUUCCAAACAUUACCCAAGGUCCUGACCCUGUGGUUGGACCACGCGUCAAAUGUUAAUAAACCCUAUGAUGCCAGGCGUGGAGAAAAUUCCGAAUUCCAAAGGCAGAUCAACGCUCAACGGAAGAAGAGCCUAGAUGAUAUGCAUUCCCAGCUGAAGAAAUAUCUUAAUCGUAUACCCCCGGAAGUGCUCUUCACUGUUCUCUCUCAAGUCGUUGCUCGAAUAUGCAAUGUGAAUGCCACAGUACACGAUCUGUUAGCCAAGAUAGUGAUCAAAACAGUCACCCAUUUUCCGCGUCAAGGUCUCUGGACUGUUUUAGCUUUGGUGAAGUCAUCUUCAAAGGAUCGUGCUUCAAGAGGCAUUGCAUGCCUUCAGAAAAUAUCAGAAAUCAACAAAAAGGUUAACAGAAGUGACAUUUCGCCAUCUGAUAUACGGUUGAUGAUCAAUCGAGGACAAAAGUUCUGUGAGGAACUGUUGAGCCUAUGUAUUGGGCAUGUAGAAGAGAAAGGAACGGCCAAAAUAAGCCUGGCUCGAAACUUGGGAUUUAACCACAAAGUGGCUCCAUGUCGCCUAGUGGUACCAUUUCAGAGCAUGCUAACUCCAAUUCUACCACCGACUCAUGACCAGUCGUUUUUGAAGCAGUUCAAUCCCUUUCCGGGUGAUGUUGUCAGCAUAGAAAAAGUUCUCGACGAGGCGUUGGUUCUGAAUUCACUGCAGAAGCCACGCAAAAUCAGCAUUAUAGGCACGGAUGGAAAGGUUUACAGUCUCCUAUGCAAGCCGAAAGACGACCUCAGGAAGGAUCAGCGUCUAAUGGAGUUCAACAACAUGAUCAAUGGAUUCCUUAAGAAAGACGUCGAUUCAAUCAAGCGGCGCAUGUAUAUCAAAACCUACGCUGUGACACCCUUAAACGAGGAGUGUGGACUUAUAGAGUGGGUUGACAAUCUACGUACCCUACGGGAAAUUGUCAUGAAACUUUUGAGAGAGAGGGGAACAGCUUUGAAUUUUCAUGAGAUCCGGAACUAUUUGAAUGAAGCUUGCUCAAGUGAUGAGAAACUUCCUAUGUUCACGACAAAGAUCCUGGCAAAGCUCCCCCCUGUUUUACACGAGUGGUUUGUUGAAAUGUUUCCCGACCCAGGAGCAUGGUUAGCGGCGAGAUUACGGUUUACCCGAACCAGUGCUGUCAUGUCCAUGGUCGGCCACGUCCUUGGACUGGGUGACCGUCAUGGAGAAAAUUUACUUUUCGAAGAAAGUACGGGAGGUAUAUUGCAUGUAGACUUCAACUGCUUAUUUGAUAAGGGUUUGACAUUUGAGAAACCCGAGGUAGUCCCAUUUCGUUUGACACAUAAUAUGGUCGAUGCUUUUGGGGCUUACGGCUACAACGGGCCGUUCCGUAGGACCUGUGAGAUAACACUCGGCCUAUUGCGGCAAAACGAGGACGCGCUCAUGAAUAUCAUGGAAACAUUCUUAUACGAUCCCACAACGGAUUUUAUUGGCAAGAAGGCAAGACACGCACUUCGCUCCAUCAAACUAAAACAGGACAAUGCUAACUGA